AUGUCGCCGGCGCAAGAUUCGAUGUUCUGGGAAGUAUGUAAGACUUGUUCCGACUACAAGCAUGUCUGCCUCGGAUACACCGAAUCGACCGCGCACCUGCGAACGCAGUCAGACUCCGCAUCUCGAGCUCCGCCGCGCCUUUCGGCGCCGAAUGAAUUAACAGGCCAGCACGGUUCCCGGGCGAUCGAAAGCAGCUCCCCCGAACCAGUGCCUACGAUGAUACCCAAAGCCUCCGCAGACAAGUCAAGCAAAACGAAAGCGCCCGGAUCAAAGGAUAUCUCUUCUUUUGGAGAUACUCCUUCACUCGCGAACAAGGAAUUGGAUAUACAAGCUGUUGGAGACAGUCCAGCGAGUGGCCGUACCUCUGUGAGCUCAGGGAGUCGAACGCAUGUCCCUUAUUUUCGAUACUUCGGCCCUACCGCGAUUGUACCGGGAUUUAAACAAAUGGUCGUGCAAGUUCGAGGUUCUCGCAAGAGUAACCCGUCCACAUCCUCAGACUCUCCCUCGCCUCUUCGAAGCCCCAAACCGUCCGAUAUACCCACAAGACCCCUGGCCCCUGCCGCAGAUAAUCGGGAUAGUCGCGAUGCGAAUAUCCCAUUUUAUGAUCGAGAUGACGCGCUUCCAGUUUCGAAUCUUGUAUCUCAUUUGUGUGAACUCUUCUUUGCCCACCUGGGCUGCAGCUUCCCUUUCAUACAGCGAGAGAGAUUUCUCCAGGAACUGAAAGAAAAAAGGGUUGACACCAUGUUGGUAGAUGCGGUGUGUUCGCUGGCUGCGAGAUUCUCAACACAUCCGUCACUUGGCCCUCCACAGGCUCCUCCCAUCGAUCGCUUGCAGCCGCCACCCGAUGACAAAAAGUGGGAUCGUGGUUUGCCCUUCGGCCACCGGGCGAUGAGCGCUCUCGUGGAUUCAUUGCCAUGCCCGACUCUUUCUGCCGUCCAAGCUUGCUUAUUACUCGCUUACGAACAGUUUGGAUCAAACCAUGACAGUGGACUUUGGAUGUACCUUGGGAUAUCCAUUCGCAUGGCACAGGACCUUGGACUGCAGAAGCUCCAAGGUCUCAAACAUAAUUAUGGCAAGACUGGUGUCAUGCCGAGUGAAGUGAUGACAGGUCACGCUGGGAAAUUAAGAGAGGAACAGUAUGAUGAUCUCGAUAUGCAUCUGACACCCAAGACUAUCCCGCAGCCUUUGAUUGAGGAACGUGCCCUUGAGCGCGAACGAGUGGACUCAUUCUGGAGCAUAUUUUUUCUAGACCGAGUCAUUUCUUCGGGUACCGGGAGACCAGUGACACUACGUGAUGAGGAUAUUGAACUCUGCUUCCCCCUUCAGUCUGAAUCCCAGCUACCAAAUGGGUGGCCCGCACCUUUUCCACCGCUUAUUCGGAUUAUUCAUCUAUACGGCCGAGUGACCGACCUUAUUAAUGGCAUUCAGGAUGUCAAGCUCGUCACACCUGACACGUUGAAGAUGCUAGCUGGGAUGGAAAGCGAUCUCACGGGUAUCUAUCAACAUUUGUCCCCAAGACUUCACUUCAACGCAGCCAAUUUUCAAGCCUAUGUCAAAGCCAAGGAGGGAACCAAUUUCAUUCUUCUCCAUUUUUGGUUUCAUACUCUUAUCGUUCUCCUUCACCAACCGACGUUGUUGAACUCAUUUGGUGGAUCAAUCCAACAUCUCUAUCCGAAUAGUCGUGAGCUGUCGAUGUCAUCUGCCAAAACCAUUGCGGAUAUCCUAUCCUUCUCGGAGCUUGUCGAUGGUAAAAGCUUCAUUGGAAAUCCUUUUACGAGCCAGCCGAUGUACAUUGCGGCGUGCGCGUUCCUCAUGGAAAGUGCUUACUACGCGUCUCCAUCCUCGGGGGCUGGGUCAAACCCACCUCAGCCAUUAUUGGCGAAUCAAUCCAGUGGGUUCGUGAUGCCCCCCACUAUGGAUACAUCAAAUGGAACAGAACGGAAGUCUACGGCGAAGCAUAUCCUGCUUGCUUCUGCAGCAAAAGAGAAUUAUCAACGGUGUUACAAGGCCUUGAAAGCCCUCAAUACGUAUUGGGAAGGCACUGGGUACAUUUUGACAGUGCUGGAUCAGAAGGCCAAGGGGAUUGUCGAUCCCCUCCUUUACGCUAUAGAGGAUAUGGAAAACACUGGUCUCGCUCCAGGGCAAUCUUUUGGGCCAGGAGCUUGGCGUGCGGGCAAAGCACCGGCCGAGUCUGUUUUUGACACAGAAAGGGCGGCCGGGCUUGCGGAUAUCUCUUCUGAUGGGAAAUGGUCUCCACACAUUGAUCCAAGUCAAGCUAUCGGAUGGGCACUCACAGGAGCAACAAAUUCUGCACAGCCCAACCUGAGUCUACUCUAUCAGAUGCCCACUACCGAGGCUGAGUCUCCGCCGAAUAGACCAACAUACUCGUCGCAGUACAGCCACAGCUAUCCAGUCCUACCAACAAAUACCGAAGGGCCAAGCUCUACAUAUCCACACUCUAUUACACCAGCUAGGGCUCACGAAGAAAUGACACCUUCACUCACGACAGCAAAUGCUAAAUACCCCAGUGUUCAACCCAGAACAAUUAGCACCGACCCCUCUUAUUACAUGGGCAUGCAUUCAACGUAUCCCGAAUCAAACACGCGAACAACACGCCCCGUACAGACAGCACAAUCUUCUUUUCCUGGGAUGUUAUCCUCCGGGCUACCAACUUCACAUAUGGAUACCCAGCCUUCCGCCUAUAAUUACUCGAUACCCCAAACGACAGCUGAGAAUCAAAAUAGGAACCAAAUGGGGUCAGUUGACCCAGGUGCUGAUCUCCAACCAGCCAUGGAUGAUGCCAGUGGGAUGAUGAUCGGGAGUCAUGAGGUUGAUAUGAACUCCAUCCACCACCAAGACUCUUUCCCGUUUGUUAACGGCGAGAUACUUCCGUGGCUGGAAUACCUCCCUCAAGAUGUCCUGAGUUUCUUCGGAGACCAUCAAAAUUAUCCGCUUAUGAGCCCUGACGAUGUGUCACAGCCUCCGUAA